GUUGUGUGGUGGCUGCGGCUGCGAGAUGAAAAGGCUUCUUGUGGGGGAGGGCUGACGCAUUUAUGUGUAUCUUUUGGCCUUCCCACGCAUCAACUCGAGUGUCAACAAACUGAUGCCACCAAAUCCAACAACCACAACAAUUAUUAAGCUGAGGGCAAGGAGUGAAAGCAUUGCAAUUCAAAUUCGUCUAAAGGAGAAGCAGAGUAAAAAUGAAGAUUUCUGGCUGGCCUCUUCCAAGUUCCCUUUGGCUGUUUGUUCUGUUUUCAGCAGCAGCGGUUGUGGAAGCCGCCAAGUUUUCGGUGAAUGGGCCCGUUGUCACUCUUACACUCAAGGAUCCUCAAGACACAACGACAGAAGCUUCCAGCACUGAUGAAUUUUCUACCACAACAGCUGUGAAAACACCCUCGACAUGGAUUGACGUUGGAUCCCUUCAUCCCAAUCUGUACUGGACGCUGCAAAGCAAUGCUCCCCCCCUUCCCAAUUGGCUUCCUUUUUGGAAAUCGUUGCGGGCCAAUGUAGGCUACAAGUACGAAGACUUGAAGCGACUGCCAUCCUUUGUCGAAGCCGACUUGAAAUUCCGAUCCGAACGCUUGAAUGCCGAAUUGCAAGUACAACCAUCCUACGAAAUCAAGGCCAAACGAACCAAUCUACUCGUGCAGGCGUCGCGAGGAACCUCCUUUCUACUGGCACGGUUUUCCGUUCACCAAAAAAUGAAGAAGCUGCGAGACGAUGACAUUGAAUGGGAAGUCUCCGAAUCUACAACAACACCAUCCUCAACUUCCCAUCAUUCGCCAUCGUUGGAGUUUCUCCGGGCCAGUUACAACAUGCAGUUCCCAGCCAGUGCAUCCAUCAGCAACUUGCGCAUCACACCCAGCUUGGAUGUCACCAAAAUGGAACCGAGCUGUGUUUUAGAGGGAGUCACGGGUCGAAGCAAGGCCAUUCUCAAACUCAACUAUCAAAAUCCCACACUGGCAGUAGUGCACGCUAUCGAUGAACGAAAUACCAUUUCACCCGAAAUCUCGCUCUACAAUGCCCGCAUCCUAUACCAAUGGCAGGUGCAACUGGGCCCCGGAUCAUCACUGCGCACUCGUGUCGAUCCAACUUCCGCCAUUGAUGUGACGUGGACCGAUACGAGUGCCACAGAUGGGGGACGAUGGGUCACAGACUUGAGAUUGCCACUCGAAGGAACUACCAUACGGGCACUGGCAUCCGAUUUGAGAGUCCGGAGGCAGUUCAACUUUUAGUGCUUGCUAGCUAGCUAGCAGUGGGUUAAAAAAAACUCUGAAUCUAUAGGAACGGAUUCGGUUCAGGCAAGAAAUGCUUGAGGACGACCCAUGAGCCAAUGCCCAGGUGUUUCCCACAUUCAAGUCUGCUCACCAUUCACACACGGGCUUCCUGAGAGGGUGUGACGAGUAGUGUAACGUGUUAAAAAAGAAAGUAAAUUGUAGAAACGUCACUCGAUAUUACGGGAGGAACAAAAUU